GGCUUUUUCGGGAUUGCAGGGGGAGAGAUCUGCAAACCUCUUUUUCCCUUUGGCGCUUGCCUGCUGACGUUGCCUCAUACUGCCGGCCAGCAGCACCGAAGAUGCCGCACCCUCCUGCAGAAGCGCAUCAGUUCCCCGAGAAGCGCGAUGCCCUCGGGUGGCGCAAGAAGAUGGCCGUCAUCAUGUAAGGACGGCAAGGCAAGCCAAGGGAGAGAGAGGAGGGGAGGAUAAAAUGCUGCUACGUAUCACAUGCAUGUCUCGUGAUUCUCGUGGCGUGUGUGUGCGUCUGUGUGUGGAUGCAGCCCUUCCACAAACACGAUUGUCGAGCCCGGUGAGCGAAGGCAGCUCAUGCAGCAGCUCAGUGCAGUGCAUGCGCAUCCUCAAUGUAUGUUUCUCUGUUGGCUGUGGCUGUGUGCGCGUGUGGUACCGUAUGGCUCUUUUGUUUGUUCAGAUCUGUAUGACAUGUGUCCGCCCGGCGUGACGGUGCACAUCUCGCGCAUCCACCUGCGAGACCAACGCAUGGGCGACAACAAGGAGAUGGAGCGCCUGCUCGAGCAGAUACGAGAAGGUUAGUGGAUGGGUGGGGAUGGGCACACAGCCAGCCAACCAGACAAACAGAGAACGUUCAUGAGUAUCUAUCGGUUCAGAGAUCAAGUAUGCGGUUGAGCGUGUGAUGACGUGCAAGCCCGACCACAUGGUCAUGGGCAUGUCGGCUGAGACCUUCUGGGGCGGCAUGGAGGGCAACAGGCGAUUCAAGAAGGAAAUCAUCGAGUGGUCCGGGCUCGACGUCGCCACCGGGGCGGAGGCCUGCGAGCGGGCCCUCAAGCUCUUCGGAGCCAAGAAGAUCGGGUCAGCCGCCGCUCACACACACACACACACACACACACACCGCACGAAUCGUCAGACUAUCUAUGGCUCUGUGUGUGUGUGUGUGUGUGUGUGCAGUGUGGUGACGCCCUAUCAGCCGGUGGGCGAUGAGAACGUGAUAAAGUUUUUCAACGAGAUCGGCUUCGAGGUGGCGGCUCUGGAGGGCCUCAAGUGCGCCACGGCGGUGGACAUCGCCCAUGUGCAGGAACACGAGCUGCGCGAGGCACUCAACAAGGUCAACAGUCCUGACGUCGACGCACUCGUACAGGUCGGUCACAACGACAGUCACACACACAAGACAGAAAGACACAGAGAGGACAACUGAUUGAGGGGCAAAUCGUAUCUGUGCGUAUGUAUGUACGGUGGUUGUCAGGUGGGCACGAACCUGAGCAUGGUGCGCUUGGCUGACGAGGCGGAGCGUUGGCUCAAGAAGCCCGUCAUCGCCAUCAACGCCGCCACCUGGUGGAUGGGGCUCCGCGACGCCGGCAUCGACGACAAGAUCUACGGCUGCGGACGACUGCUGCGCGAUUUCUGACUGAGGCAGCUUUCAAGGGCGGCUGACCAAACAGAUGAGAGAGAGAGGCAGUGAUAGGUAUCGCAGGAUCGAUCGCAGGCAGGGUGUCUUUUUUCGGUGGAGAGAGCCGUGACACUUCUGUUGCGUGUGUGUGUGUGUGUGUGUGUGUGUGUGUGAGGGAGCGGGAGAGCGAUGGGCGGAUGGUAUGGUAUGUAUGUGUCCCUCUCUGUGUAAUUGUACGGCCCCAAGUUUUUCCGACCCGGGAACAUUCCUUCCUGGUGUGUAUGUUUCUCGUGGCAAACUCACUCGCCCGCCCGUCUUCCUCCCUGACUUGGCUGUCGUGUCGUGUUUGUGUACUCGCUGCUGCCACAAACCUUUUUGUGUGCGGGUGGGGUGAUGUGGGUGGGGCAGACGAGAGCAAUGAGAGAAGAGAGAAUGAGAGAUGGUGUGCGUUCGUUGACACAGCGAUACUGGGUUGUGUGCGGCUAGAGCUCCUCCUCUGAGCGAUCCUAUUGAGGUAGACCGACUUCGGGUCAGGCUGUGCAAGCGCAGGAUGACCCGUAGUCGCUCUACCUCGGGGAGGUCGAUUGGAGGCGGGACGGCCGACUGACAGAUGGAUGACAGAUGGAUGACACACGGCCUUUUGGACAUUCGCGGCAGGGUUUAGUGCGUGCGUGCGUGCGUGUCACCUGAUCUCCUCGUGGUGACCGACUGUCUGUGUGUGCAUUGCUUGAUGUGCCGCGGACAGACAGACAGACAGACAGAGGAACGAGGACAACACCGUGCACGCAGGCACGCAUGAGUCCAGCCACGCGUCAACGUGCAGAGGGC